CACCAAUGUCUCUCUUUCUCUCUCAGUGAUCGUGGUAGCAUAACUGUUGGUUGGUUGGGACUCUGCAACGAUUGAUCAUGGCUUCCUGCUUUCGGUGUUUUAAUGAAGAGAGAGCUGACACCACAGGACCAGAACCAAAUCCACUUGGGUUUAGGAAAUAUACGUAUGACGAACUAUCACAGGCAACCCAACAUUUCUCCAACGCAACAUGCCUUGGCUCAGGCGCUUUUGGUGAAGUCUUCAAAGGAACAAUAGAUGGACAAGUCGUUGCUGUUAAGAAAAUUAAAUAUAAAAUGGAAGAACAGCAACAAAAUAAAGUAGAGGAGAUUGAGUACCUUAAAAGAGUGAGUCACCCAAAUGUUGUUAAGCUGAUUGGCUAUUGUGAUGAAGGUGCUGAUAAAUUGCUUGUCCUGGAAUUUGUUCCCAAUAGGACCUUGAGAUAUCAUUUAAAUGAUGAAAAGAACAUUUUGGAGUGGUCAAAGAGAAUGAAAAUUGCUAAAUACACUGCAUAUGGGUUGCAUUAUCUACAUGUAAAUUGUAAACCUAAAAUUAUACACCGAGAUAUCAAGACAGAUAACAUUCUUCUUAACGAAAAAUUUGAACCAAAGGUUGCAGAUUUCUCCCUUGCCAAGUUUUUACCAGGUGCCGAUAAUGUUAGCCAUGUCACCAGUGUAUUGAGAGGAACUAACGUUUAUGCAGAUCCAGAGUAUGGAAAUAAACAAAAAGUGUCAAAGAAGUCAGAUGUCUAUUCCUUUGGCGUUGUGCUUUUAGAACUAAUUACGGGAAAGAAACCAUUGUUUGGUGAAAAUGACGAUGGCAAUAUCGUUCAUUGGGCAAAAUCUCGGAUUGAAGAAGCUUUGAACAAUAAGAAAUAUAUAGAUUUUGUUGAUUCCAGAUUACAAGGGGCUUAUGAUGAAAGAGAAUUACACAAAAUGAUUUCUUGUGCUAGAGAUUGUGUAUAUCAACCUUCAGCUUCUCGACCAAACAUGAGAAAGGUAAUUGAAACUCUUGAAGAAUAUGAAUAUCGAGAUAUUAUUAAGUGCGUCUGGUCCACAUCCGUUCUUACUCUGAAAACACCAAUUCCACCUUCGUAGAAUUAAGAAAAAACUAUUUUA